UAGAGGUGGAACAGGUGCUGCUGGACUUGGACUCUGCCAUGGAGAUGCUGGCCAAGCUCCAGCUCGGCGUCGGCAGCGCCGUCUCCUGCCUCAUGUCCUUCAUCAGCAGCAACUGGCGCAGCCCCGAGCACAUGGAGGCCAACGCUGCCAGCAUCCACGGGGCGGCCGAGGGCGUGCAGACGGCCCUGCGGGAGCUGCUGGAGUUCGCCCGGGGGGCGGUGGGCAACGCCGCCCAGGCCUCGGACCGCUCGCUCUACGCCAAGCUCAGCAAGCAGCUGCAGAAGAUGGAGGAGGUCUACCAGGCCCUGGGGCGGCACAGCCAAGCGCUGGAUGCGUGCCACUGGGCCCCUAACGCCUUGGUGGCCGGCAAGCCGGGCACGGAUGACUUGGAGCUCUUCGUCAUGUACUCGCGCGGCGUGCCCGAUGACACCAAGCAGCUGGCCUCCUUCCUGCAUGGCAACGCUUCUCUCCUCUUCAAACGGACAAAGCCGGCGCCCGAGGGCAACGGCCACGGGCCCGCGCACCCCUCUGACAAGGCCAGCAGCAUCCAGUCGCGGCCCCUGCCCUCCCCACCCAAGCUGCUGGCACAGGAAUCGCCCGAGGGCCCCUACGAGAACCAUGAGAGCGGCUGGAUGGAGGACUACGACUACGUGCACCUCCAGGGCAAGGAGGAAUUUGAGAAGACGCAGAAGGAGCUUCUGGAGAAAGGCAACAUCAUUCGGCAGAGCAAGGACCAGCUGGAGCACCAGCAGGUAAUGGGGCUGGGGGGUGGGCACAGCUCAGCAGGGACCCCAGGCUGGGGAGGGCAGCGGGGUUGGGCUCCUGGGCGGGCGAUGGCCGUGGUGCCAGGUGCCGGCCCCACACGGUGCCGCGCUAUCUCUGGAGGUCACGGCACAAGGCCAGCGUGGGGCCGCGGCCAUAAGAAGCGGCGUGCCCCGUGCCCCGCCUGUCCCCUGUGA